AUGGAACGUGUGCCGCGCAAUCUUCGGGGCCUAUUCAAUUUCUGCAUGAGGGCUGGUGAUGACUUCUCGACCAGCGCCCAACCAAUGGAUCCCGAGGUACCUACCUACUCGCCCAUUUUGCAACCAAAUAUUCGAUAUGUUUUGCGGCCAGCAGGUGAUAUCUUUAAAAUAAACCUGUUUUAGCGUAUUCCGUUGGGCAACCAGACGUACGUACCCAAUAAUUCAGUAAACACAUUACUCACACUACUUGAGUAGCACCGAGUUUUUUGUUUUCUUUCCCAACAGACGGCAAGGUGGCUGCGUGAAGCCCUGGAAAACAUGACGGUUGACCUUGUUGACGAGAUGCGCAAAAGUAUCGCCAUUAUUAUCGAGAACCUUCAUCAGACCGAUGAAGGUGCCCGGGCAAAGAUCACCGAGGCAGUCGACAAUCUGAUUGAUUUAACCGAAGACGUGAAUCUGGCCGAUAUCUUUCUGAAGAUUGGCGGCCUCGAGCUUCUUGUCACCCUUUUUGAUCAACCGCCGAGCCCUCUGAACUGUCAGACUGGAAAUCUCCUGGCAAACAUCGUUCAGAACAACGAGGAAGCUCAGAAGAUUGCGGUCAACAAUGGCCUACUGGAGAUCUCCCUGAAGCUCUUUUCGCGGCAAGAAGAUAAAGACAAUCUCAGGGGAAUUUUUGCGGGCAUCUCAGGUGCGUUUGCUUUAAAUAGUCUGCAGUUAAAAUACCUGCUAUCCGUGUUUUACCACUGUUAUGUUGCAUAGUAAGUUAACCUUUUCCAUACAUCCUUCGAGACCGGAUAUCUGCCACCCGACUGGAAGUCGGCGUGGAUUACGCCGCUGUACAAGGGCGGAAGUCGGUCUCUGCGAACAAUUACAGACCUGUCAGUCUAACCUCCAUUUGCUGCAAGAUUUUGGAGAAAAUAAUGAAGCAAAAAUUAAUGCAGUUCCUUGAACAAAACCAUUUGCUUUCCGGUUCCCAGCAUGGAUUCCGAAAAGACAGAUCCUGUGUGACAAACUUGCUCUACUGUCUGGAACACCGGACUCGGGCUGUUGAUAGAGGAGAUAUGGUGCAUACCAUCUAUAUCGACUUUCAAAAGGCCUUCGGCAGUGUGCCUCACCACCACGUUCUAUACAAACUCAGCCGUAUAGGAGUGCGAGGUACGCUUCGUAGCUUUUUACUCGGCCGCUCUCUAGCCGUCCACCUCAGUGACCAGCAAUCUGCCGAGGUUGCCGUUAGGAGUGGUGUUCCCCUAGGCUCUGUUCUUGGCCCUACACCGUUCUUCGUAUACGUCAACGACUGCACAAACGAACUGGAUUGCGAUUUUGCAAUGUUUUCUGAUGACAUAAGGACCUGGAGUACCAUACGAAACGAAGUUGAUGAGGCGCGACUGCAGACAAACCUAGACCGCCUCGAGCAAUGGCUUCUACCGUUCAACGUAAACAAAUGUAAUUUCCUACGCGCCGGCUAAACCAGUUCUCCUAACCGCACGGUCUACCGUCUGACUGGCAAACCACUGCAAGAAGUCGACGCCCAGAAGGACUUGGAUGUAUGGAUCACAACCUCGCUUAAGCCUUCGCUUCACUGCUCAAAGGUAGCCAAGUCGGCGAUGUCCAUUCUAUACCUCGUCAAAGGGGCGUUCUCUUCCUUUGAUGAAGACUGCUUCACCAAGGUCAUUCGAACUUUUGUGAGACCGCAUCUGGGGUUUGCUAUCCAAACAUGGAGACGCCGGACGGCUGAAGACCUCUGCAUACUCGAGCAACGAAACUUAUAUCUGGGCAAUGGUCACUACCCUACGAAACACGAUUAGUUAAUCUUGACCUCUUUCUUUUGAGUUACGGACAGCUGCGUGGGGACCUGAUACAAGCUCUCCGUAUCGUGCGCAAUCAGGGCUGCUGCCUCGCAUCAGGAGACUUCUUCGAGUUGGCGACUGCGACUAACCUGAGAGGCCAUCCACUCAAACUGCCUGUCACUGGUGCCCGGAUAGAUACACGAAAGUUCUCCAACAGAGUGGCUGCAGCUUGGAAUGCUUUGCCUGAGGAUGUUGUUAUGUCAGGAUCCGUAGACACUUUUAAACGGAGGCUAGAUCAACAUUGGAGCGCGCACCUCAAUAACGCCGGACUACAACAACCUUGAUAGCCAGUGUGGACAAUUUAGUGUUAUGACGAUGCUACUACCAAUAGUCAAGUAACGUAUUUUUAUGUAAUUUAUUAACCGUGAGCAACGUCGCACCGCUGCUCGCAUUUACCAUGAUGCCCGCAGACCAAAGAAAUUUUUCUUGUCACUUUUUUUUAAUUUCCUGAGAAAUUUUGUGCGAAGUAGGAGUAGAUCAGUGUAUUCAAGGUCUAUAGGCACAGACCGAGAAUUUUAUACAUGAAUAUUUGGGCCAAAGUCCAUCAGCCACAGCGGGUAACCGCGUAAUAUUCAUUAACUGCCUACAGGCAGCUAGUAGUAUAAUCUAGGGUAAGGUGACACCAUACUAACAGCACAGGUACUAGCCAAAAGCCCAUACACGCGUGUUUCGCCGAUGUUUUGCCGCUGCAUGGCGCAGCUGCGAGGGGUUCGGCUCGUCAGUGGCCUAUAGACCUUGAAUAGACCUUGAAUAUACUGAUCUACUCCUACUUCGCACAAAAUUUCUCAGGAAAUUAAAAAAAGUGACAAUUUCUAAAUUGGAGUAUCUACCAGAAAACACACGGGGAAUGCUGGGGGACCCACUGACGAGCCGAACCCCUCGCAGCUGCGCCAUGCAGCGGCAAAACAUCGGCGAAACACGCGUGUAUGGGCUUUUGGCUAGUACCUGUGCUGUUAGUAUGGUGUCACCUUACCCUAAAUUUUUUCUUCUUUUCCUGUAUCUUAGGUGUGUUUCAACUGUCUGCUGUAUUUCAUCAACAAAUCGGGUUCAUAUGCCUUUAAGUGCGUUAACGCAUGAAAUUCGGUGUUCAUCUGUACAGUUUUUGUUAUUCCCCUUGUAUUUCCUUCAUGUUACCUCUUUUCCAUUUUCUCCAUAUACUUCCUCUGCAUGUAAACAAAAGGAAUUUCAAAGGUACACACUUACUUUCCCUGAAAUACACUGAUACUGAUAUAUACUGCAUCUGAAUCGCAGGAGAGCAGGGCUGACAUCUCUCCGGAACUUCAAACUACCCCGACUUCAUCCUUACUGGUCUCCACGGUCUCUUUCUUCGUGAUAAUGCCUUGGUGGCAGCCGACAUCCAGGCCUGACUGAAAUAUCUUGGCAUUAUGCUGCGUUAUAAUGGAGGUUACAACCCCACCAAAGUAAUCCUUUCUAACCUGUUUAACGUUUUAUGAGGUGUGUCACCUGCUGCAGUUCCUACCUGUGUUUUGCGCAGGUGUGGACACUUGACCGACGUAGACCUGCACGUGUACACGACAUGCAAAGUAAUCGACCGUCCAGCUAAGUUGGGUUUUUCCUCAUAGAAUCUGGCGUCAUGGGUCUCCUCCUUCUUCUGCCUCUGUGAAAUGCCUUUUGCGGUUUCACCCCGCAGUCAAUUGCCCUAUUUGUCUUCUUGCAGCCCUGGUUCGUUCCAGCCUUCUGUCCCAACAACAGUUUGUCGCCUCGCAUGGUUUCCAGAUCCUCUUCGAGGUCCUCGAUCGUGUCACCGCCUCGGCGGCCUUGAUGCAGGAACACACACGCUUCCUCAACAAGGCCAACUUCUUCCUCUCCUGCAUGUGUCAAGAGUUGACGGACGAACAGUUGCGUAAGUGAGAGUCCUUGUUUCUGGGAUAUUCCUUCGCUUGGUGGCCGCCUGCUGCGGGCGAUUGAAAUCGCUGUUUGGCUGGCUGAUGUGUUCAUUGUCCGACUCUGAUGUGUGCAGCGUGGCGACUUCACGCCACGACAACAUGGACAAGGCUUAAGUACAGCCACCGCUCGAACCACCUCAGCUAUGAGGCCCUCAGAGGGAACCGUGAGUUUAGUCACACUUGAGUCAAGUGGGCCCGGUAGUCAUCUGGUGUAUUCUAGAUUGAUUGUUUAGGCAUUCAGUCUCCUUGUCAGGAUUGGGGGAUUCCGUAGCCCGCAGUUGAUUGGGCGGGUAACUUGAUCGAAGGCUAAUUCAACUCAGAACUCACUGUCGACGCGUUGUAGCUUGGGUGGUUAGAGCGUUAGUCAUACUCAGGCCCUUCCCUCGCCUUCGUGGGUUUGAAUCCCGCCGUGACCGUUGCGUUUUUCACAGUUGGGUCAGUAUAAAUUAUUUGGAUCUGCCCAAAAAACAUCAUUUUAAAAAGUUGCAAUAGUUGGUGAGCUGUCACUCAGGGAAGACACUUGAACAAAUUCACAUUGCUACUUCCGGCGAAGGGUGCUAAUCUGAAACGAGCACUGACAUGUAGCAUAGCAUUACCGACAGAGACAAAGGAGACUGGAAUGACCAUUUUUGACUCAUUGGCCGUCGCCAGCCAACCACAUCGAACCCUGAAGUGUGGAACACUUGGGGCAUAAUGGGAUGAGUGAGUUCCGUAAAAACGAUCGGCAAGCGCUCCACUACCAAUGUUAAUAUACCUGAUCGUAACCGACAGGAAAACGAGCCCGUGGCUCACUGGUUAGAGGCGUCAAACUUCUAACCAACAGGUCGCGGAAUCGAGCCUCAGGUGCUCCACACUUUGGAGUUGGGUAUGACUGGCUGACGACGGCUAGAAAGCCAGAAAUGGUCACUGCAGUCUCUCUUGUCUUUGUCUUGUGUCAAGAGUUGACGGACGAACAGUUGCGCGAGUGAGAGUCCUUGUUUCUGAGGUAUUCCUUUGCUUCGUGGCCGCCUGCUGUGGGCGACUGAAAUCGACGGUGUCCACCGCGCAUGCAUGUUUCUUAUUAAAUGCAUUUGAAUUUAUAAAGGCAUCGAAAUCAGUGAUAAAAAUGCAUGCUAUUUGGGCAGUCAUGUUUUCAAAGUGGAGUUUUUGCAGACGGCUGGAAAUAGUUCGCUCAAAAGUCGGCAUCCUGACGUGUCAUGGGAUUAUUCUGCACGGUACUUAAUAUCACAACCCUACUUAAGUAAUCUUUUUAGGUUGAAAACGCAUUUCAGAAUUCCGGUUAACAUCUCAGGAGUUAGUACAUCUACUUUACCAUGCACGGGUCUGGACUUCGUGCUAGUGCCCGUAUUGGGCCUUGAAAACGGGGAUUUUGCACGCAAAUUCCUUUGGUUUGCAGCCUAAUUCUGUUACGUACGCCCUACCCUCUGUCGGCUGUGGUGGGCCAUAUCGAGCGUAUGAGUGGCAUUCGCCGGUGACGUCUGGAUACGCCAGUAUUGAAAGUUGGAGUCAAGUUGACUGACGACCAUCUUUAUUCUGCCCCCUGCCCCAUUCCUGCCUCCUCAGUCGCCAUCAAGGACUGUGCCCUUGCCGACAAGAUUGCGGAACUGGCCCUUCGUUCCUCGCCUGCUCCGCCACCGGAGUUUCUUCUGAGCGGUCUGGUCCUUCUGCUCACUGGCCGACGCUCCGUGCUGCUUGAUCCAGACGCAGCCGCGGACACCAAGCCUGCGGUGAAGCUUCCCCUGCGGGCUGAUCUCAAAGCAGACCUUAGCAGGGCCAUCGAGAACCUCCCCUCCUCUGAUUCUGAGUGUGCUGUGGAGCCAGAGGUGGUGGACAGACUGAAGGACCUGUUGAAGAAAUGA